GCCUCAGCAACAUCAUCGGGGUGAUUGUGUACAUCUCGGCCAACGCCGGGGACCCGGGCACCAAGCGGGACGACGAGAAGAAAAGCCACUACUCCUACGGCUGGUCCUUCUACUUCGGGGGCCUGUCCUUCAUCCUGGCCGAGAUGAUCGGGGUGCUGGCCGUCAACAUCUACAUCGAGAAGAACCGGGAGGCCCACUGCAAGAGCCGCACCGAGCUGCUGAAGAACCCCUCGUCCUCCUCCAACGCCAUCCUGCGCCUGCCCAGCUACCGCUUCCGCUACCGGCGCCGCUCCCGCUCCAGCUCCCGCUCCACCGAGCCCUCGCAGUCACGGGACGCCUCGCCCGUGGGCCUCAAGGGCUUCCCCUCCACCGACAUCUCCAUGUACACCCUCUCGCGGGACCCCUCCAAGGCCAACGUCAGCAGCCUCUACGGGGCCGAGCGGGAGGGGGCCGGCGGGGGCUUCCUGCAACUCCACAACACCUUCCCCAAGGACCCCGGCGUGACGGUGACGGUUACAGGGCCCGGCGCGGCCGGCGCCACUGGCACCCUUGGCAAGGACGCCUCCUCCAACACCAACACGCUCAAUCGGAAGACCACACCCGUGUAG